AGUCAAUUGUCAAUUUAGGGUUUUUUUCUUUGGUGCAUUGACUGCUUUGAACUGUUAUCUGUCGUGAAAUUUGGGGUUUUGAUCCUAAAGUUUCUGUCUUUGAAUGUUUAGCGGGUCUCUGGGUUUGAGAUUUUUGUAUUUAAUUAAUGAUGAGGGAACUGUGUAUAUGUUCAUUCUGGAGUUUCUGUUUGGUUACUGAGAAAAAGAAAACUUUAGUUAGCGAAAGUAAAUUGCGCGCUCUUAAAUGUUUCAAUUCAUCGUGAUACGAAGCAUAGAAUUUUUUUAUUUGGGUUUUUGUUAUGUUGCGAAAAUUAGAUAACCGAAAUUAGCCUCAUGUCCAUUUGUUCUCCAAAACCGUUGCUUCUUCCUUAUACUGUAAUGCAUGUCUUUGUACAUGAGUAGACUCUUGCCCAAUUGGAAUUACUCUAGACACCCGAAAAUCUUAUUUUCCACUCCUUUUUAGCAUAACUCCGGAAUUGAAUGCCUAUGAAAUAAAACAAUAGAUUUUAGUGCAUUUAACCCGUUCAUAUAGACAAAAUCCAAAGAAAAUAUAUGAUAAUAAUAUAUGAAAAUAUAACCACAUCAAUUGAGUAACGGGUUUUUGACAUUUGACAGAUAGGCAUUACCUUGCAGGGUGGUUUGGAAGAAGAGUUGCAGCUUUAUGCUUUUGACGCUGGAUUUUUGGUCUGUAGAGCUGUGGUUUGUUCCAGAUAAGAUGCACUUCCGGUCAUCAUUGUACCAACAUGCAGAUAUUGUGCUGGUUUUUAUAUCUAAAUGGACACCAGGAGGUUCAUGCAGCUGGUUGAGGAGAAAAAGAAACGAGCUUUGGAGAAGAAAGAAGCCCCGCUGAAAUGGGAGCGGAAACUAGAAGCUGCUGCUAAGGCAAAAGCUGAUGCAGAAGCCAAGGAGAGGAAGUUGAAAUCUUCGAAGCAUAAGAUAUCUGUGUCACGGUCUGAUAGCGAUAGUGACACUGGCAGAAGUGAUGAGAGAAGAAAGUCAAUUAAAAGAACUCACAAGAAGCGCUCUCACUCUGGUGCAAGUGACAGUGAAGUGAGGAAGGAGAAGAAAUCCAAGCGAAAGCUAAAGAAACAUUCCUCGGGCUCAAGUGAUGAUAGCAGUGAUGAGUAUGAGAGUGAUUACGAAGAAGAUAGGAAGAGGAAGAAGAGAAGCCACAAAAAGCACAGGCAUCAUGAUUCUGGAUCAGAUUCUGGUCCCGAUUCUUCCAGUGAUGAUGAUAAUGAUACGGUGAAGAGAAGUCAUUCGAGGCACCACAAGCGCCAUUAGAGGUCAGACUCAGAAUCUUCUGGUUCUCAUAGUGAUGAGGACGAGAGAAGAAUCCGAAGGGGUCAUGCUAAGCACCACAAACGCCAGAGACAUUUGAGAUCCGUUUCCCCCGAGUCUAGUUACGAGGAUGGUGAGGUUAGAAGGAAAAGGCAUGCAAAACACCAUCCACCUCAUAGGCGAUCACAAUCGCGUUGUGUCGAUUCGAGAUCAUCGGAGUCUGAUUCCCACAAACGUGACGGAAGGAGCAGAUCUCUGGGGAAGUCUUCGGAUGACAACCGUGAUGAGGCUGACAAACAGUUGAAGCACAAGAGAAGUCGCCAGCAUUUCCAUCAUCAUCACAAGCAUAGUCACCACCAUUCAUAAGAGAGAAAAGAUCACCAUCCUCGGGGUUCAACUGAGCCCGACGGAAAGCACUUAGAAGAUAGCCGAAGAAACGCAAGUGAAUGACAGAUCUCUAAGCAUUGCAUUCUCGGUUGCCUGCAUUUGUACCUAAACUUUGCUUCUUCAAUUCAGAUGCGUUUCCCUUGCUUAA